AUGAGAGCACCACCUUCACCGAGAAAGUCCAAAUCUGGUCAUUUUUUUUACCUAUAUUUUCGACUGUGUCAACUGUUCAGUGGCCGGAAAUUAAAGAGGAGGUGGCAUGUCCACAAACUUCACAUUCACCAAUAUAAUACUCGCUGGAACUUGAGCCCCCUCUCCGAAAUACACAUUGAGGACAUGAUAAAUGAACCGUCUGGACUAUGUCCAGGAAGUUCCAAAAAGAAACCACUACUGAUUGCAAGGUUUCCCAAGGGUUGCCAAGAAUCACCAAGGGUAUAUGUACUGCAAAGGAACAAUUUGUCUCGUUUAAAAUUAAGCAAAAGAAAAUAUGCCCUAAGGUUCUAUCACAAUGAAAUUUUUGGCAAUAAUUUAAAGAGAAAAGACGGAAGCAUCCACAAAGUUGAACACCAACAGUGCGCAGAAACCGUUAGAAAGAUCAAGAAAGUCACAGCAAACCAUGCUGAUGUUAAAAUAAUAUUUCACGAUAAAAAUACUAUAAGAAGUGACAAAUUAGGGGGUAGGAGUAAUAAGAUGCAGACUAGGCCUAGUGUUCUUGAAGAGGAUGUAGAAGAAGAAGUCUCUUCGGUAUAUAUCAGAUUUUGUGACGACCAUUCCCUGAGAGUUAAAGAUUAUCACUCUUUGCACAGGCAUUCUAAAAAAUCUUCUAAAGAAAAACGAAAUAAUCAGGAGAUUGGAAAAUCUAAGUUGCUUGGGAAGCUUUUUGAAGAGGAAACAUCGCGUCAAAACAAAGGUGUAGAGAAGAAACUAGAUACGAUUGUGAUACAGAAAUUUCAAAAUUAUCCUAUUGUCUCCUUCUCUCGUGUCAUUUAA